AACAAAAAAUUGCAAUAAAAACAAAUACUAUUGAGAAAAGGUUAAAAACUAAGUUAAUAGUAAUACUAGUAGGUUCAAAAAACUAAAUAGAGAAAAAUAAAAUAUAUGAGCACGACUAUGGAUUCACACACGUACGUAGCAUUGAAAUUAUAUCCCAGUAUAAUUUUUAUAAGUAACUCCUUUCUCAAUCAAAUUAACCAAAAGCAUAGUAUUAUUCAUUAGUCUCUUUCUCUCUCCCUCUCUCAUCCUUUUUUGAGUUUCAAAAUGCAUAAAUACGAGAAAGAUAGACGAAGACCCAAUUAAAGUCCAAACACAAAUCUAGACCCCAUACGAAAAAACCUAAUCCCCAGGCUUUUCUCCUCUUUUAUCUUCUUUACUACUUUCCACGUUUUUCCUCUCUCAUUGUUCUUCACCAUGUCUAAUGAAUCCAAAGGUCUCUACAGCUACCAGUACCUGUCAUCCUUGUCUUUGUACGAACUGAUGAAUCUCCCUACUUCAACUCCAUCUUCUUACGGAAACAACGGUUUUGUUCCAUCUUCUUACUCCUUAGCCGAUUGCUUCCAAAGCUCUCCCGGAGCAGCGUACGACUCUUUACUUCAUAAAACUUUAGGUGUUUCUCCCUCUUCCUCAGAGGUUUUCAACUCUUUGGUCGAUCAAGAAUCGAAGCACGAUGUAACUAACGACGUUAUCGGUGAGACUCCAACUAGGGUUUCAGCAUCUUCUUCCUCUAGCGAGGCUGAUCAUCCCGGCGAAGAUUCCGGUAAGAGCCAGAGGAAACGAGAGCUAGUUGGAUAUGGAGGUGAAGAAAAUCGAAUCUCCAAAAAAGUUGGUAAAACGAAAAAGGAGGAGAAGAAACAAAGAGAGCCACGAGUCUCGUUUAUGACUAAAAGCGAAGUUGAUCAUCUUGAAGAUGGUUAUAGAUGGAGAAAGUACGGCCAAAAGGCCGUCAAAAACAGCAUUUAUCCAAGGAGUUACUAUAGAUGUACAACGCAAAGGUGCAAUGUGAAGAAGCGAGUGGAGAGAUCGUUCCAAGAUCCAACGGUUGUGAUUACAACUUACGAGGGUCAACACAAUCACCCGCUUCCGACUAAUCUCCGGGGAAGUUCCGCCGCGGCUGCUAUGUACUCCGCUGACUUCAUGACUCCGGGAAGCUUCACUCAUGACAUGUUUCGGUCGUCUGCUUACACUAGCGGCGGUUCAGCUUUGGAUUACGGAUAUGAACAGAGUAGUUAUGGUAGUGUGAAUGCAAACCCUAACGCUCAUCAAGAGUAUCGCCAAGGAGGUGAAUAUGAGCUCUUGAAGGAGAUAUUUCCUUCUAUUUUCUUCAAGCAAGAGCCUUGAUUGAUCCUAGCUUGAAACUACAUAUAUACACUUAUAUAGUAGUACUAUAUACAUAUAUAAGAGAGAGGAGAGAUAAUUCCAAUAUAUAUGCAACUUAAUAUCUAUUUUGUCUCUCUUAUUUGCAUGUACAUAUAUUUUUCAUGAGAGAAUGAGACAGAAAUUGAGCUUGGAUUAGAUUUAGUGAUAUAUGUUUAAUGUGUUAACAGUAUAUUUUCCUUGUUUGUUUGUUUUGCUGUAAUAUUGUAGUUCCUCUAAUUUGGAUGAUUUUAUGAGAUGAUAUGUUAUUGGGUUCA